CCUCUGCAGUACCUCUCUUGCUCAUUCCUCCCUGUGCCGGCUGGGGAGACACGCGUUUUCUGCUUUUCUGCCUGGCUGCUGGCUCUUCUCCAGCAUCCCUGUGUGCCUCUCGUGUGCUAUCCUCCCCCCUCCAGCCUAUGUCUCCCCCUGAGGGGUUUGUUGGCCAGCCUGCUUCCCUGGUUGUUGCUGCUGCGCCGCUCCUGCUCUGCCUCGCUUCUCCUCUCUGCCUUUCGCCUCACACUCUGCUUUGCUGGAUAAUCAGCCACUGAGUCUGCCAAAGACAGCAACAGAGGACAGGAAGGGAGGGAGGCAGAAAGACAGAGAGCCUGCACUCUUCAUUCAGCUGCUGCAUUCUUCUGUCUUUUCCUUCGUUUUCCUUGGCUGCCAGAGUGCAGUGCAGGGAACGACUGAACGGGAGAGGGCUCCCCGAAGGAAUCUAUCCUCCCCUCUUUGCACUUCCUCCCGCUGUUCAUUCCUGGGACAGAGUGCAGAAGAGAAGAGGGAGGGACUGGGAGCGGGACUUCAGACUCUGCCUUCAGCUGCACAGCUCAGUGUCCCACCUUGCUCCAGGGACACAUGAGACAAACACACAGAGACACACGCACAUUCAAAUUAGAUUAGACACGGCUCAAGCUGACCAGACUAGCAGAAAGGGGGACAGAUUGACAAAGACACACAAUAUAUAAAUACAGAGACACAGACAAGACCACAGACAGACAGACAGACAGACAGGGGGUGUCAUGGCGUCAGUGGACAGCACCGGUUCGAGUGUCUCUGGUCGGCUGAGAUCAGGGGAUCUACUACAUGCUGGUCUGGCAGUUGCACUGCUGCUUGGUGUGUGGAGUGUUGGUGGGCUGGAGGUGUCAACAGGUAAAGUGUCUACAGUUGAAGCAAUGAAUGGCUCCACAGUUCUGCUGCCCUGCACCUACUCCUCCUGUAUUGGCAUCAAAAACCUAUACUUCAACUGGCACUAUAAUGACAAUGGAACCAUGAUGAGGUUAUGUGAAGCAGAGAUCCCUAUGGAGGGUGUGGAGCCCAAGGUCUUUGUGUACCAUGAACGUGUGGAGUUUGUCGGCUCCUCAAAGAGCAACAACAUCUCCAUCCUGCUGUGGAACAUCACCUUUGAAGACCAAGGAGAGUACAUCUGUUUCGCCAGAAACCCAAAAGAGAAGAACCGCAACCACAGUGCUGUCUUCACUCUUAUAGUGGUGGACCAAAUGAAGGAGGUUGACAACACUUUGACAGUCAUCAUUGUCUCAGUGCUGGGUGGAGUCAUUGGCUUAGUUAUCAUUGUCAUGGUGAUAAAGGCCUUGGUUGUUCACUUCCUGCUGAAGGAUGAUGAGAAGAAUAAAGAGUGCCUGGUGAGCUCCUCAGGGAAUGACAACACAGAAAAUGGACUUUCAGGAGCCAAAGCGGACAACAAAGGGACACCAAAGGCAUGAGCAAAAUGCAAAGUAUGUCUGUAUGUUUGUAUAUAUGUUAGACAAAUGUACACGCUCAGAGGAAAUGCUGUUAACAGUGGACUGUUUUAUCUUACUAGUGGCUAACUAAUACAACAUGUAAAUGUCUCUUUUAAAUCAUGCUUGAGAUUUGGGAAGUGUGAGAUGUGCAUAGGCCUGGAUCACUCCCUCACUUACAUAGCAGCCCAUUUGUUACAGUGUACAGCCUCUGUCAUCAAAUUUUGCUUUUCAUCUUAUAGAAAUUCACUUACUCUACAGAUCAGUCUCAUGUGUUACAUAUAUAUAAAUAUAUAUAUAUAUAUAAGGCUUAAUUUGGAAUGUAUAGGGCUGGUGUUAUUCACAACUUCAAUUCAAACUUGAACCCAAACAAUCCUGACCAGUGGCAACACGCACACUUUGAUAUCAUGAUGAAUUACCAUAAUCUAUAAACUGCCAUGUCAACUGGAAAACAGCACAAAACUGCUGAAAUGCUUUUUUGUAACCCUCAAAUGACACUGACAAAUGAAAACUAACAGAUAUACAUUUACAUGCUCACUAUUCUUGUGAGUAACUAGCUAAACUGCUGGCUUUCUAGAGGUCUUUGAAGCUAUGUUUUCCGGAUCUUUUUGAUCUGAUCUAACCAUUGACCUUGAUCUCUGCCAUGCCAGCCUGAACUUUAACUUCAUCAAGUUUACUGCUGGUUCCAGGUUUGACACACUGUCAGGAUGUGCUUGGUUCAUUAACGGCUAACAGCAGAUUUUGAUCAACUACUGGCAAGCUAAGGCUGACAACUGGGCUGCCUUCUUAGGUGACUAAAAGGAUCCAGUUCUGCACAGGAUUUAUUGUUUUGCUUUAGAUGAAACACAGGUGCCUGUUCUGCUUCUGCUCCCUCUGCUGGUGGGAGGAUAAAAACACAAAAAAAUUAUAAAAAUAUUACCAACCCUCACCCUCAUCAAAGACAAUCCCCAGACUACCCAGCUCCCUAUAGAAAGGAAUGAACUUAAUCAUGCUGCUUCUUACUAAUAACCAAUGCAUUUUUAGCAUGUGCCGCAUUUUAUAUAAUGUCAUAUAAGUAUAUGUUGUCAAGUACCACAGUACAGGAACAUUUAUGUGUGUCUUUGUAUGGCCCCAUUUAACCCUUCACAUCAACCUCAACUGACUGAAGCUCUGUCAAUGCCUGAUAAGCACCUCCCAACACUGCUAUAACUUUUCUUACCCCUUUAACCAGGUCAGGGUGAUUGAAAGGUGACUCCUCUUUUAGAUUAAUGGCCUGCAGGUGUUUGUGGGAAAAAGAGGGUGACAUUUUACACUUACUAAACCGGAAGAACUUUUAAGUAUCUUUAGAUUUUAAUCAUCCAAGUUGAUAAACUCUGCCAGAGAAGUUUAUGAGGUUGGCACUUUGUUCGCAUCAGCAGGAUAUACUGUAAGUGGGGAGAGCAACACACAUAUGCGGUUCUCCAGAUAGCAAUUCACUUUUACAUUUCCACAUUUGUAUGCGGAUUCUAACUGGCUCUGAUGACCGAAAACACUUUAACAAUACAGUACACAUGCAUUUUUAAUUAUGUUAAAGAGUCCAAAUACGUCCGCUGAUACAGCCUCUGUAAUACAGGUAGCACAGCAUUGGGACAGAUCACUGCAAAAGAAUGUAAAGACUCUGUCAGGGAAUAUAUGUUAAAUAUUGUCCAAAAAGUAUAUUUUAAUUCAUUACAAAAAUAAUAAACAAUGUGUUAGUGUUAUUAUAAAAUGAAUGUUUGAAUAUCUUAAUAGGCCAGUAGGUAAUUUUUCUUUGCCAACUGUCUUGGUCUGUGCACCUCUACAACCAGCCAAUACUUUCAGUGUUUCACUCAGUUCAGAGUUCAGAUCAACCAACAACUACUUGCUGUGACUGUAUUUAAAAACGUAAGGCGCUGAAGAUUAUAAGAUGUUUAUUGUGAAUUUCUAAAUAGUACUAGUGUCUUAGCACUAAAAACUUAACUAUUCAAGAGUUUGGUGGGAGCCGAGAGUGGUUGGGAGUAAAUUGACAAAUUGAAAACUAUAUAUAGAGUAAAUUUAAGCAGUAAUCACAUUUUGUUCAAGAAAAGAAAAAGUCAACAAAGUCUUUAUAAUAUCACGUCUGUACUUAAUCCUGUGAUAAGUCAACAGGGAUGAACUUAGUGCUAAAAUAUCCAUUGGAGACUAGAAUCUUUCUAUGUGACUCUCAGUAUGAGAGGUCACUUCUGUGAAGCUGGCAGACAUGAUCCGCCACACCCGUAUACAUAGCUUGAAUAGCUAUGACAGCUGAAAGCUACUCACAAACAUACGCACACAUAUAUAUGCCUACACGUGUAACUCAGAUACUAAGAAACAGUUUGAUACCAGAGAGUAGUACACUGGCCUUGCAUACAAACAAUACAGCACUUUACCACUGUUCAGAGUGGCUGCACAAAACAGGAAAUCAUGGGAAAGAUUUCACAGUCAUCGUUCUUUUAUAAUAUAUUACGAGAGUUAACAAAAAACAACAUUUUCAAAUUUUGUUUGUCAUGUUCGACUGAGCACCUGACAAAAGCAUUAUGUCAAAAUGGUUUUAGCAUUGUGUGACUACAUGUUAUCUCACUGGAAUAGAGCUCUAUGGGAAGAUUUUAUCUUAUUUUUCUAAGUGUUCACUUCUGUCAGCCUGCUGCCCUCUAGUACUGGAGAGCAUUUCCCUUCUUGCUUUCAAUGGAAGCAAUAUGACAGACAUCAGAUUAUGCAAUAAACUGUUAUAAGGCACUUUAGAUGUGUCUGGACUGGCUGUGAUGGCAACUCUGUCUGUCCAAGGCACUGUUCAUUGUACGGUUGUAUUUAUCUACACUGGAGUAAUGUAUCUCAGUUGGAUCGACAUUAAGUUCAUAUAUCUACAUUAGACAGAUUUAAUGGCAUUGGAUCAAUCUAUAUCAGAUCCCAUUUACACUUGGCAUAAAAUUCCCUGAGCAGAUGGAAGAUACAUUAAGACGAGCUAGAGAUUUAGGCUACAUUAUAAAACACCUCUGACUCCCUUGUAUUGACCGAAGAUAACUCUACAGUCAAUUUCUGAUAACCAAUGUCUGUAAUGGAAUUUUCAUAUUCAUCCUAAUAUGAAAAAACCUAAAUUAUGUGACCAAAUACACAAAAAUCAAGUAGGCUAAAAGACCACUGACAAAAUUCAAAAACUCAAAACAGCUGCUCAUGGGAAAUUUAUGAAAAUAGUCCUAAUGUUCUUGUGUCUAUAUUGGCCCAUGUGCACCUAGUUGUUUCAUGAAACUUAUAUACAGAGUACAUUCUGAUAUAGUAUGUAAUCAUACUACAUCACAGCACAGUAAAUACGGUAUGACUGCCACCUAGUGGUAAAUGCAUCAAAUAAUAAUCUCUAGCAGAGGCUGAUGAGACAUCAUGUGCUUAUUGAAUUUUGAUAAAGACUAUAAAGGGUUGAAUACAACUAAAAUUAUAAUCUUAUGUAACUGAGUGACAAAAAUAUUGCAACCCUUUUCACGUCUAAAUUUCAGCUGGGUUCCAAAGAGCCUGACUGAAAUCUGUCUGCUGUUUGCCACCUAUAAAAUGCCAUUCAAGACAAACAAUGUCCAGUGUCCCUCUCGGCACUUGUGAUUUACAAUUUCAUGGUUUGCAUUCUUAUGUGAUGGACUGAUAGGACUUUUGGUUGCCAUUAUUGGCUUGGAGAGACAUAUGGAUUUACUUGAAAACAAUUUGAAUAAAAUGUGUCUCAGACAACAUCCUGAAUUGGUUCAGGUAAUUAGAUUGCAGAUGCUUAAGAAGCAUGAAACAACACAGGUUAAAAUGGGCCACAUGUUGGUGUCAAAUGUUGCCCAUUGGACAAUUUAAGUGUAUUUCAAUUGGAAUUUUAUUGCUAGGUAUAAAUGGGAUCAAGGCGGAUCAAUGUUCAUAGAACUGAGGUAAUAUCUGAUAUGUGAUGUACAACUGUGAGUGAAACCUGUAAUAGCUACUAACAUUGUAACUGUGCAGGGUUAGAAGUGAUACAGUAUCCUUGUUGUGUUGUAAAACUGUGAAUGUUAUGAAUAUGGAAGGAAGCACUACACACACACACACACACACACACACACACACACACACACACACACACACACACACACACACACACACACACACACACACACACACACACACACACACACACACACACACACUUGCUUCCUCAUCUAACCAGUCAUGUGCAAAUCCCUCUGUAAAGAGGGUAUAUAUGUACAUCCAAAGUCUUCCUGUAGGGAAAAGCAAUACUGUGGAGUUGAUCUGUCUGUUACUAAUAACCCUGAUAUAACAUAGCAAAUAGGUGGUUUCAUGUAGGGAUUGUGAUGCAUAACAUGUAUAUUUGUGAGUACACAUUCAUUAGUCCCCAUUUUUGUCUGUAACUCCUAACCAGAUUUUUCAGUUUUUCUGGAGUGAGGCCCAUUAACCCUGCCUUACAGUUUCAGGAAAGACUUUCUGAUCUAUGACUUGCUCUUACCGUAUGGAUUUAUUUCCCUUAAGUAAAACUACUGACAAAGUGACAAAAAAAACACCAUAUCAAAAGGCAUGUGAGGAGGGCGUAAGAGUGAUGUUCUGUUUUAAUGAAGGCCAAGGUACAGUAUCUAUGUGACAAAUAGCAUAAUGUUACCUGAGUUCAUGUAUGAAUGCAGUCUAGAUCCAGUUGUGGAACGGCUGCCUUCUUAACCCCAUCAAAUUGUACUGGGUUAUGAAACCACCAAAAGCAAUGGCUGUUUUAACUUUUAAAAUAAGAUUUUUGUUUUCUCCCCACUACAUUCUGACCUGCAUGUCUUUCUCCAAGAAAUCUUUGCCCUGAACCGAACAUGAGUUUUGAUGUCAGCCAACUGCUUGCAGUGAUUGCUGCAGUACUGAGUCUGCCCUGAACAGUGUCGAAUGCUCCUCUGCAGGGAUGCAGUAGAGCACAGUAAUACAGAAUGACUGCCACCCAGUGGUGAAUGACAAACACAUCAAAUAAUCUUACAUCUAGCAGAAGCUGAUGAGACAUACAACAUGCGCUUAUUGCAGUUUAAUUCAGACUUUAAGGGUUGCAUAAUGAAAAAAACAGUGUCAGUUACAACUAAAGCUAAAACUAUAAUUUUAUGUAACUGAGUGAUACAAUCAUACAACAGUUUUCACACAUCAAUGUAUGUCUAUAAAUAGUAUUGAAACUGAUGCUGAUCGCUUUACAUAUAACUACUAGUUUAUAAAUAUGCAUAAUUUAAUCCUUGUGCCCAUUUGGUGUUUUAACUACAUUUAAUAUGGGGUGAACCACAAUGCAUACGUUUACACAGAAUCUAUUAGGAAAAGGAUACAUGAAACAAUUUGUAGAAACAUGGAUUCUUCAAGAAAUGGCUCCUAGUUGACAGCUAUAGUGAGCUUAAAGAGUCACAGAUAGUCGCAUUUUUCACAAAAAUAACAAAGUGUUGAGAGUUCUGACUGACCACUAUGAUUCUUUAGAGUUAGUAUUGCUCUUACUGCCAGAGCGGCUGAAACUCAUACUGCCAGUCCAAGAGUCUCAUGUCUGCUGUUGUUAUGACACUAUUACAAUGACACUCAACUCACUUUGUACACUUACACUAUUAAAACAUAUUGUAUUACGGUCUUCAGCUGUAUUGAUGGCAUUUCAGUACUAAAUUGUAUAUGAUAUUGCUCUAUACUACUUAUGUAUUUCUAGCAGCUGAAACUCACACUGCCAAGCCAAGAGUCUGACGUCUGCUCUCUGCUUCCCACAUUCCACACAGAUCAAAAGAUCGAACCACUGAUCUAAUGUUGGUUUAGUUGAGCAAUAGGUUAAUUUUACUACAAUCCUGAUGCAAGACAGUUAUACAUAAAUGAGAUUAAAUAGGAGCAAUAUGUUCUUAUUUUGGCUCAAAUGCAAUUGUUUCCAUUGUGAGAAUUUUGAGAUAGCUAACAAAAUGGUGAAAACAAUUAUUGUUAGCAAUGCCAAACUAUGAUGCAUAUUGUGACAUAUUGUGUGUCAAUAUUACAUCACAAGCCUAGCAAACUGCCUCCUCUAACUCUUAAAAGAGAUUAUUUUACAGACCAAGGCUAGCUAGCUACAGAUUUGAAUUAUAAGCACAGACUGAGACUGACCUCUCCACCUUUUCUCACUGCAGUCCUGCAUUUUGAACAAUUUCAACAAUAUUUUUUACGCAUCCAGCAUCUGAAAAUGUAAUUAUAUCUUAACCCAAAUAACAAAUUCAUAUCUACACAUCUUAUCUUACGCUAUAUAACUCCACUAAUGGUACACAAAUAAUAGUACUUUAUAGUAGGUUGAAAUCUUGCAGCAAAUUCCUAUAUUUUGCUUUCAUCAGUACAGUCCAUUCAACACAAUCACACACACAAAACAAAUCUGCAACCCCAGGUUUCCUGGAUCAACUUUUCUCUGAAUGUUCAGCUGUUUGUCUGUGUUGUGACCAUGUUGCUCAUGCUCCCUUCAUGACUAUGCACCUCAAACUUUUGACUUGUUAAAAAAAUACAUACUGAAAAUAAAAUGUUGAUUCCCA